AUGACGCCCAAGGAGUGGUUUGCUUUGCUCGUGUUCUACGCGGCGUACCUGUUCAUGGGCGCCAGCGUGUUCUAUCACGUCGAGAACGACCUGGAGACGGUGCGACGAGCUGACGAGUUGGCGGAACGGAUCGAAAUCAAUGAAAUGCUCGUAAAAUACCUGUCACCUGAAGACGCGGCGUUACAGCGUAAACUUAUCGGUCGCCUGGAUGACUACUGUGGCAGCCGGGUGACGAACUACACCGAGGACGAGUACGUGCCACCGUACGUCUGGGAUUUCUACCAUUCGUUCUACUUCGCGUUCAUCGUCUGCUCUACCGUGGGGUACGGUAACAUCUCGCCGCACAACACCUUCGGACGAAUAUUCAUGAUCUUCUACGCGCUGAUCGGUCUUCCCGUGAAUGGAUUCUUCUUCGCAUACGUCGGCGAGUUUUGGGCACGCGGGUUUGUAAGGUUGUACCGGCGGUACAAGGCCUAUAAAUUAUCCGCCAACGCCGGAUACGCCCCGCGUAGGAUCAGCUUCAUUGGCCAGAUCAUACUGUACCUCAUUCCCGGUGUGAUCGUGUUCAUUUUCGCGCCGGCUUGCGUCUUCACGUACUUCGAGAAGUGGCCGUACGACGUUUCGGUGUACUACGCGUUCGUUACCCUCACGACGAUCGGAUUCGGUGACUAUGCGUCAACCUUCCAGGCGUCACAGGAACACGAGUUUGGGUCGCUGUUCACGGUCUACAAGAUCUUCGUCAUAUUCUGGUUCUUCGCCGGAAUUGGCUACAUUUUCAUGAUACUAGGAUUCAUCGCCAAAGGUAUUUCGCACAAGAAGAUCCAGGAGCUGGAGAAGCUCGUCGCUUCGAACCUGAAGGAAACGCAGCAUCGCGUGUGGAAUGGUGUUACCAAAGAUAUUAGUUACCUGCGCAAGAUCCUGAACGAGGUGUAUAUGCUUAAAUUUAAGCCAGUCUAUGAUGAACCGGCGGAUCGGCUGCUGAGCCUCUCGAAGAGCAGAUCGAGCUCGUGCCCCGAGCUGUCGAUGUACAGACCGCCACAGUCGCCAACAACUCAUCGUAAACGGGCCAACUCCGAGAGUGCUCUGGCGCUGGUAGGACCGAAAUCGCUCGACUCCAGCUCGCUGUUAUUGCGCCGACUAUCCGAUACGGAUCUGCAUCGCAUCAACCGAGAGAAAACGUUCGGUGUGCAGGCUCUUGUGCAACCAGCUGAACUGCUGGCACGCGUCGUGACGGCCUUGGGAAAUAUCACCGCGAACCAGGAUCCUGAUAACCAGAGCUAUCUCGAGCGUGCGUCCUUGACGGCUGGUGUGAACUGCUUCUCGGAUUCGCAAAUUCUUGCCAGUGAACGUACCUGGUCCGGCUGGUCGAUGAGUGGUUCGGACAAGAGCUCUUAUUUGACGGCGCCUCCGAUGAGGCCUCGAGCUGCUUCCGACAUCGGCUUUCCACCGCACGUGGCAUCGCAGGAUGCUAACGAGUGGACGUGGAGUGGCGGAGAUGACAACCAGAUCCAGGAGAUCCUCCAGAUUCGCCAGAAGGUGAAGCAGAAGGACAACCUGUUGCGAGCGGCCCUCUCAAACAACGCCACCUUCGACUCCAGCCUGACAAUCAACGUGCCACCGACGGGCCAGGAGACCAAGGUGUCGGCUGUGAACCGAGGAAUGCUGCAGCGCUUGAAUCCCUUCCGUAAGCGCUCGAGUAAGGCACCUCUACCGGACGUCGAAUCGGGAGCUCCUGCGCUCGAGUCCUACCUGGGAGCCACGGCCAAGGGCCGCAAUUCGAUGUUCAACCUGCCGGCUUCGUCCUAUCUGACGGCGACCGCCCGUGGUCGGGGCAGCAUCCUGUCGAUGCCACCGCAGGACGAACAACUGCUCGAAACCACAACGCUAGGCGAUCUGCUGAGGGCGCUCGAGCUCAUGCACACGCAGACGGUGUCCUCUGGACGUUCGGAACAUCGUGCAAGCUUCUCACCAGCUGACGGAUCCGGUUCCGAUCGAAGACGUAACAGCAAUGUGCCUUCGUUGUUGACGUUGUUCACGCCACCGAUUGAGCCAGGAUCCCGACGAGGCUCCAUGAAGCCCCCGUUAGGGCGUACAGGCAGUGCGGACUCUGCACCCAUCAUCCGGCGGCCAUCAUUCCGCCCGACAAACCCACCGUCCUAUACGGCCACCGUUUCCGGCUCACCAGCUGGCAGUGCUGGUGGUAGUCCGACGCUUGGUAUCAUCGCUCCUUCACCGAAACCCAUCCGAAGGCGUUUUAGCGUGCGUCCCUCGAAUCUAGCCUAUCCGCCGGGCCACUGUCCGCGUCCUGGAGUGGCCGAACCCGCAGGUACACCCACACUCAACUCAUCUUCCCAGUCGCUACACAACCUUCCGACGACAACACUGCAACGGAGGCUGUCGGCACGGCCAAGCCCACUGGCCACGAGCCAGGCAUCGCACCAUGGCUUGACCGUUCCUUCGGUAGGACCAGGUUCAGGUGCCGCUCCUGGACAGCAAGGACAGUAUCGCUGGCGGCCGAGCCUGGCACGGUCGGAUUCGGACCAAUCGGCGACACCCGGCGUAACUCCGGCAGCAAAUGGGACGCGCAACCGACACAGCAGUAUGUCGAACUUGUUCGAUCAGAAGCGCUAGGAUCAGAAGCUGCAGAACCAGUGCGAGGCAGCUGCCAUGUGAAAUGUAUUAUUAUUGCGUAGAGAUAUGAGAGCUAUUUAUGAAAACCAUUCGAUGCCAUUCAAAACCAGUCAUUAUGAUAGAACGCAGAUGCGGCGAUUGUUGCGUAGCUUUUAGAUACUGUACGAACGAACCAGUGGGCCCGCACUGGGGAUGGAAUGUGAUUGUGCACCGUGCCAGUUUUGCGCACCGUUGCGAAACGAGAAUAGCUGAACAAAUAUA